AUGGUUGAAGAAGAUUGCUAUGAAAGUACUAGAAUGGUUCGGAAACACACCGAAAAAGAAAACGUAGAAAAAGUUUACUCACAUACACACCCUUUUAUAAGAUAUUUUAUCAGACAAAGUAUUAAAGGAGGAAGAGUUUCGGCAAAUCGAAAAUCAUUUAAAACGAAUAAAAUGGAUGAAAUUUGUAAUGUAUUAAGUGAAUACACAGAAACACUAAGUGAUAAUAUAAUUGAUUUAUUCAAAGAAUAUAGUGCUAACCCAAAAGAUAAAACGGAGGUUCAUUCGAGACUUAAAAAAAUAAAAUGUACUAAACUAAUGGCCUUUGAUGCUAACGGUUUGUACGCUUCCGCUUUAGACAGCGAAUAUCCGAGAGCGGAAAGUGGUAGACCAUUUCGACAAGAAGAAAAUAAAGAAUUUGUUAAGCUCUUUAAUGAGCAGAAAUUCAGACCUAGAACUGCUAUUUUAAAAGUCUGGUUUGAAUAUCCUACCAACAUGUUCUUCCAACCCAUACCAGCUAAAGAUAAAAUCAGUUUUACGAAUAGAAUAGGUAAAAAGGAAACUGGCACUAAAAUCAGGUUCAGAAAUUGUUUCUGUUAUGAUGUUUUAACAUCGGUCGAUAUUCAAGAAAUAGUGAAAGCUGGCGGACGAAUUAUUAAAAUAUUAGAUGGUAAAGAUCUAAGAAAUAAAUAUAAACGAGAAGGUAAUAUCGUAGGUAGUAAUUGUAUGAAAUUAUUAGGCAAUUCAUUGUAUGGUAAAUCUAUUCAGAAGGAUAUAACUACAUCGAGACAUCUAUGGAGUGAAGCGACUUUAAAAGCCAACUUCGAUUCACAUGUUAUAAACUAUGAAAAAGUAAAUGAUAGUCAAUAUAUAGUUGAGAUAAAUGAAGAAGAAAAAGAAUUUGACUGUACACCUCCUAAAUCUACACGACUAACACCUAGUCAUUUGGGAUCAUACCCUAGUCAUUUGGGAUCAUUCGUUUUAUCUCACAGUAAAAAGAUAGUUUGCGUUGCAAGGUAA